GUUGUAUUGCAUUGUAUGCACAAUUGCAAAACAAACAUAUCUUAUUAAAAUAAAUUUCAAACUUUGGUAAUUCAUUUUUAUAAUUUUACAACAGUUUAAUUUUUCAUUUCUUUCAACUGAAGCUUUGAGCCAAUAAAUGACUUGCGUUAGCGGAAUUUCCCGCAAACGCUAUCGAAUUCCAUUAUCGAAUGUAAAAGAAAGUAAACAGUUCCCAGUUAGAUGUUAUGGAGAAUCGUUAUCCAUUUUCUGAUUCAGACAAUUCUGAUUUCAAAUUGUCUAGAGCGGCAAGCUUUUCCAAUUUGACAACUUCUAGCAAUAAGGUAAUGCUUGAACAAAAAUGUGAAACUGAUAAUAAGGAUAGUUUAGUAAGACAGUAUAGUUGUGAACAAAUAUAUGACCACAAAUCAAAUUCAAGCCAUUUGAAAGUAUCUGAAACUAUCAAAUCAGGAGAUCGAAAAGAAAAGUCUACUUGGCAAUCUAAACCAACAAGAAUUCCUACUUUUAGAGGUUUGAAUCAAGGUUUUAAUCCAUUUGCUGAAUCUUCUAGAACACUCAAAACAGAAAGAAAAAAACCUUCAUUAAUAGCUCCUGCAAAGUUAGUUCUUUCUGAUGACAAAUCUGUACAAAUAAUACCAGACCCAAAUUUCAGUAAUGGAAAUGAAGUAAGUAAGGAGAUUUCAAAUGAAAGUGAUUUUGAAUUUACAAAACCAUUAUUUACUCCAAAACUAUCAAUAAAAAAUACAUGGAAAAAAAGAGAUGCAGCAUUAAGAGAAAAUUCUCUCAUUAAGAGAAAAAGUUUCAAUGAAAUAACGUGGGAUAAACAUUCUAGUAGUGAUAUAAAAGAGGACGAUAAGGUUGACACAUCUGAAUUAAAGAAACGGUUGAGAUCACUCAUUGCUGAAGAACCAAAAAAAAAGACUCGUGUGUGGCUACAAGUGUUAAUCAUGUUUACUGCAUUUAUAUCAUUAGUGACUUUUUAUUCUUUAUUUUUUCUCAACAAAUCAGACAGCGCAGAUGGGUUUUGUAAACCUACAUUCAAAUUAAGUUCUGCAUCAAAAGAAUUGAAAGAUAGGCUUUAUGGUCAAGAUUUAGCCAUGCGAGAAUUGAAUCAAUAUUUUGUUAACAUUGAAAAUCAAAGUAGUUUAAAUAUUGUUUCAUUUGUAGGCGGUACUGGUGUUGGUAAAUCAUAUGCCUCAGAAAUUAUAAAAGAGACAUUAGGAGAUACAUUACAUAAUUUAAACUUUUUUUCUCCGCUGAUUAAAAAAGAAAGCGAAGCAUAUUCAUCUUUAUCAGCAUGUCGCUGCAAUUUUAUUGUACUGGAAAAUUUAAAGACUGACGAUGUUUUAGAUGUUGUGCACUUUGCAAAAAAAUUGAAAAGUGAGGCACCUAAUUAUUGUAUUCUUGUUCUAGCAAUAUUUAACAUUCAAGAAACUGAUAAUAACUUAAAAAGAUCUAUAGAUUGGGAGAGAGCCACCUCCAUGAUUGAAAAUUCAUUUAAAAACGAAAUAGAUACACCAUUUAAAGUAAUCAAAUUUAAACAAUUAACUGCUGAUGUUUUGAAAAAAUGCAUCGAAGAUGCAGCUGUUUAUAAUAAUAUUGUACUUUCAAUCGAGAAAAUAAAUUAUAUCACACGCGAUUUGUUAAACUCUGAUAGUGGAUGCAAAGGAGCUAAUGCUAAAGUACAAUUGUUUAAUGAUAAAAUGAAAUUGGAGUUAUAAGAAAAAUUCAAAAAUAACUGUGUAACAAACUGUGAUAGUACAGAAGAGAUACUUAAUAAUUAAAAUUAAGUUUAAUAGUAAGUGAUGUAAAAUAUUAUUGAGUCCUCGAGAAAUGUUAUAAUCUACAAUAGCACUAAACAAAGACGAUCGGCUUCACGUAACUAUAAAUGAGUCUUUUUUGUACUAACAUUGCAUGGUUGCUAAUAUUCUGAAAAAGUUUAUGACAACAAAAAACAGGUCUUAACCAACGUACAGUCCCAAUACAUUAUCAAUUAUAUUCGUGAAUAAGCCCGAUCUAAUUAACCAUCGUAAAAUAAAUCGAUCGUGAUUAAAAAAUAAGGAAAACAGAGAAAAAAAAAUCCAUUUCGGUGAUAUGUAACAAAGAGAAAAAAGCCAAACCAUUCGAAAAUAAAGAAAUAGCUAUUGCAAAAUUGAUUGUUAGACGAAAAUGCGUGUUACGCGAGUGCAUAAGACACAAUUGAACGCGCGCGCGCGAGCCGGCUUUAUGGCAUUACAUAUUCGAUAUUUAUUACGGCGCUCAAUGCAGUGUAGUGCAUGUAGUUCAUCGGUAUGAAUUUUCGUGCAAGUAAAGCCGACCGCAGGCGAGUACAUACCGUUGAGUGAGCCAUUCCGUCAUCAUGUAAUUGUUAGGCCUAGGCUGUAUUAGGCUUCCUCGAUUUUUCAUUUCACUUUUUCCGAUUAUGAGAAGGCGCUAUGGCUCGCUAUGCCAUAAUAUAUAAUAGCUGCGGCGGGCGCGCGCGAGCGAGCGAGCGAGCGAUCGCUCGUGUGCAUUUUACUAUUGGGCCGUGCGUCGCAUGCAACGUCUUACGCGUCUUAUUAUGCAAAGAUCAAAGCAAAUAACGCGGGGCCCAAUUUUUAUUGCUCUUUCAUUAUUUUCCUUUUUUUUCCCCCAUCGUUCUGCGUUGGCCGCUCCGAAGUCUGGAUCGUUGUCAUGCGUACGCGCGCGCGCGCGCGCCCGCUCGUCUAAUGAUUAUCAUUACAUGAUCCUAUGUAACGCACGUACGCCUGUGCGCGCCUAUACACCUAUGUACGAGCGAACGAUUCGUCGCGUUUACCCACUACUACUGCACAAAAAAAAGUAAAAGUUCAAUUUCGUGCUCCUCGCUGGUCUACAUACUUUGUGUCAUAAUAUGCAUUUUUCUUUUUUUCUUUUGCAUUUUCACUUCUCCGAGGCUCAAUUAUCUUUUGACUAAUGUUGAUGGAAAUUAUAUUUUCGCUUCGUUUCGUUAUUAUAUAUUUUCGUUUCAUCACGCACCGCGCGGACACGUGUCGCGUAUUUUCUUGUGACUCUCGCUCCCAUGUGACUGCACUCGGAGUUUCGAGCAGAUUUAUCGAACCUAUACGCAAAUGCAUUUCUUGCCGCGUACACAUUAUGAAAUAGCCGAUGAUGACUGCGUCAAAGAGCGUAUUAAUGAUUAAAUUCAUGAGCUUUACCGAAAACUUGUACAACCGCGUGAAACAUCGGUAUAUAGUCAACGAUUGUUUACAAUAUAUUGUAAU